GCCUGGGCUGAUUGUGGCUCCCUGUGUCCCAGCUGUGCCCGUCACACGUGGUGUGAGGCACGCAGCCCACAAAGGAAGCCCUGGGUGACAAACCCCGGUGGGGGGGUGGAGGCGACACCGGAACAGGGCCGGCGCAGCCUCUGCUGCCAUCUCAGCACCUCAGGGCGCUGCCCCUGCCCUGGGACCCCGCGCCGAGGCAGGAUGGAGGAUUUGGAUGCUUUGCUGGAAGAACUGGAGCAGAGCUCCUGCCUGGCCUCCAAGGACCGUGCAGUGCAGGGACCAAGCUCCUGCCAGGAUGCCCAGCAUGGCACCCUGAAGGUGCCGCUGCCACCUCGAGCUCAGCCUCCAGGAGAAAGUUUGGAUUCACUGUACAGCACCCCUGUGCCAGUCCCAAAGCCGCUGCCCCCUUCACCCCCACACACGGAGGCCGCCCGGCAGCUGGACGAGCUCCUGGCCGACCUGGGCCACACGCAGAGCAAGCUGGCAGCUGCAGGGCAGGGCGCCGCGGUGCCCACGGAGUCCUUGCUGGACAACAUGCUGGACAGCCUCACGCGGGACCUGCAGGAGCUGGGCAUCGCGGCCGCGCCCGCCGGCGUCUGCGCCGCCUGCCGCAAGCCCAUCGCCGGCAAGAUGCUCACAGCCCUGGGCAAAACCUGGCACCCCGAGCACUUCACCUGUGCCCGCUGCGGGCAGGAGCUGGACAAGGGGCCCUUCUUCGAGCAGGGCGGGCGGGCGUUCUGCGAGGAGGAUUAUCACCAGGCCUUCUCCCCGCGCUGCGCCUACUGCGCCGGCCCCAUCCGCGAGAAAGUCCUCACGGCCCUGGAGCAGACCUGGCACCCCGAGCACUUCUUCUGUGCCCACUGCGGGAAGGUGUUUGGAGAUGACGGGUUCCUGGAGCGCAAUGGGAAGCCGUACUGCCGCCAGGACUUCCUGGCCCUGUUCGCCCCCAAAUGCCAGGGCUGUGAGCGCCCCGUCACGGACAACUACCUGUCGGCCCUGCAGGGUGUCUGGCACGCCGAGUGCUUCGUGUGCACGGACUGCCUGACCGGCUUCACCGGCGGGUCCUUCUUCGAGCUGGACGGGAGGCCCUACUGCGAGCAGCACUUCCACCAGCGGCAGGGCACCAUCUGCCACAGCUGCGGCCGCCCCGUCACCGGGCGCUGCAUCACAGCUGCGGGGCGCAGGUACCACCCCGAGCACUUCAUCUGCACCUACUGCCUGGGCCGGCUGCACAAGGGCACCUUCCGCGAGCGCGACGACAAGAUGUACUGCCAGCCCUGCCACGACAAGCUCUUUUUGUGAGCCCCAGCUGCCCAGCAGACAUGCCUGGAUGUCCCCAGCAUCAGCGUGCCUGGCACUGUCCCUGCUGACCCAAGCGCACCUCAUAUCCCACCCAUCAACACACCUGGUCCUGCUCAGCCGACUGUCCCCAGCCUUGUGUCUGCCAAGCCAGGCAUCGUUCCUUGCCCCCACUCCCUGCAAGACAUCCCUGGCAUUGCUCCUUGGACCUGAAGCAAUAAAAUACCCGCUCCUGCCUUC